AUGUUUAAAUCACUAUGGACCCAUGAAUAAAAACGGUUUUCAAGGUGGAAAAACAAUAUCGAUUCUGAUAUGAAGUGAAGUGCCCAAAUCGCCCAGGUAAACAGAUACCACCGUCGAAAAUCAAUGGAACAUCAAAACAAUUGUCAACACCAACAGAAUCAUAAAAAGCAUGACAAAAGUACCCGAUUAUCACACUAUCAUCAGACACUGCAUCAUGCUUUGGAAGAGGAUAUUGCUUCAGUAGCUACUUUAAUGAAAAUGUCCACACAAUCAAUGGCAUCGCAAAACACCCCAAUACUGACUGCAUCCUCACCUGUACCAGCACAUAAAAGACCUAAGUCCCCAAGAUGCUUAGCCAUGAAAAUCGGAAGUUCUUAUGAUUCAUCGCGGCCAGCUCCACGAAGUCCUUCUGUACGUAGUUCUUACAGCGCGCAAAACUCUUACUCGGACCCGUUCAUAAUAACUAGCAGAAGUGGAAAUGUGGGUAGCUUCAGCGAAAACCCGCCAAGGAGCCCAAAAAUCACAACCACUUAUACUAAUGAUAGUUGCGAUGAUGCCUCUUCCACACCGUCUUAUUACCAAACACCUACUUCUAGCUCACGUAGUCCGAAAGGCAUAUCUUCGCAAGGAAAUUCAAUGGACUCACCUUCUUCUGCAACUUUUCUUAGCGGCCCCGCGACAGCAUCCCCUCGUCGAAGUCCUAACUCACCUAGAAAGUUCGUGUUUGAAGCUAUAAGCCCAGUCGUGGACCCAUUCUAUAAAAAAUUUGAAUAUUACGAACCAAUAUCGCCUGUAGACGAAUGUACUUCUAAAACAUAUAGUGGAAAUUGUAAUGACUAUUUUGGAACACCACCACAAGGAUCAGCAUCCGCACAAAUUUUUGAAUCAAGAAUACAAAAUUCGAGAAAUAUUCUAUGUACAUCACCUUUAGAUAGAAAUUUCUGUUUACAUGAUUACAAUCGUGACAGCAAUGAAAUGAAGCCGUUGGAGUGGGAAAUGUCACAAAUUGAUGAACAUUGUUUGAACCGUGACAAGUAUUAUGUAAAGCGAGAUUCUUGUGUUACGGAUAGCACUCAAGUUUCACUUGAUUCGAAUGACACCACAAAUAGUACUAUGGCAACAGCUACUACUUCUUUUAGUUUUUCGGAGCCUUCCAAAACCGAUAAGAUUUCGGUUAAAAGUAUUUCUGAUGAAACCAGCCCUUCAGAGCAACGCGAAAGCUGUAAACAUCGUCGUCAUGCUAUUAAUAUAACCUCUAACCCCUGCUAUCAGGUGCUGCAUAGUUCUCAUUCUACAUUAGAUCGUACUUAUUCAGACAGUAUUACAUCCUUACGACACCGAAAAUCGACCAGCGAUUUGACCAAUGAUUCCGAAGGUGGUCCAAGCAAGCAGAAAACCCUAGAAGGAUGUAACUCUACCAGUUAUAAGCCAAGACGACGGGGUAGUUCUAAAGGAGGAUUAGCUUAUUUAGCUAGUCGUCGUAGUUCUCGAGAGUCUAUGAAAAGUAAUACAUCAAUUUUUUCCAAUGAUGAUAUAGGGCCACUAACCUUCCAAGCAUCCAAACGCGGUCAACAACGCCGCACAUCAAAUUUUCUGGAACUUCCAGUUCCAGAUCAUAUACGACCACGUGUUUGCUCUCUACCUGACCGUCCUUAUAAUCCACGUGCUAGUGAUGAUCUUUACCGACUAAGACACUUCUCAAUAAGCAAAGGGAAUGUUGUAAAUUGUGGUGACUCCAUUAUAUCAAGACGAUCGCGCAGUAACACCAGUAUUAAUUCUACCAAUAGCAGAGCUAGUGAACGUUCACCUUUUGAAGGAUCGUGUUGUGGUGGAGCAUAUGCAAAUGUUGAUUCGGUGCCAACUUCCCCAGACGAAUCUGAUAAUAUUGAGCCUCCACCGCGAUAUCGUAUUGUUAUGUUAGGUGAUUCUGGCGUUGGAAAAACUGCCUUAGUUAAUCAAUUUAUGACUUCGGAAUAUAUGCAUACAUACGACGCCAGUCUAGUUGUAGAUGACGAGUUCGGUGAAAAGACCGUGAGCGUAUUGUUGGAUAACGAAGAAUCUGAAUUGGUUUUCAUUGAUCAUCCAAGCGUGGAAAUGAGUGUGGAAAACUCUUUAUCAACAUACGAGCCACACGGUUGUGUUGUAGUUUUCUCCGUAGUCGAAAAAUCAUCGUUCCGUGUUGCAGAAGAAAUUAUAAAGUACUUGUGGCAAGAGAACUACAUUAAAGAUAAAGCCGUUAUUCUCGUGGGGAACAAAGCAGAUCUGGCCCGUGCACGGAUGAUAGCAUCACAAGAGGGCAAAGCAUUGGCUGCUGCGCAUGACGCUAAAUUUAUAGAAACCUCCAGUGGCAUCCAACACAAUGUUGAUGAAUUGUUGGUAGGAAUACUAAAACAAAUGCGUUUAAAGGAAACACGCGAGAAGAAAGCUACCUCAUCGAAGCUGAAAAAUUCCCGUACACACAUAUCGCUGCAUUUGGCUAAGGAAAUAUUACAAAAAAUAUGUCUCAGUGAUAUUUCCAAAUCGAAAAGCUGUGAGAAUUUACAUGUCCUAUAAGGGUAUGCUGCAAGCAGUCAAGUAUUCAAAAUGUUUUCAGAAUAAGCAAAGCACACAGUAUGAAAAGCCUUUUUGAAUUCAUCAUUGUGUGAGUAUUUUAAGAAAAUAUAUAAAAGUUUUAUAUUGUAUUGAUAUGUCUGUAGUAUGUGUAAUAGAUUUUGAAAAACUAGGCUAAAUAUAAGUUUCAGCUAAGUGUUGAACUGUAAUGCAAAUAUCUUACCUGUGUUUUCGAUUCUAAAUUGAAAUUUUAAAAUUACUAUCUACUAUAAAUACUGUAUAACGAAUGCGAUGAAACGAAAAUGAGAUCUACGAAUUGUUUAAGAAUUAUACAUAUACAAUUGUAUAUGUUUAAUAGCAGCUUUCAUAUAUACAUAUAUCAACAUUCUACCUACAACUAUUGUAACUCUUAACGACAAUGUAUGUACAUACACACACAUGUUCAGACAGUUGUGAUACUGCUUUUACCAGUCAAAAUAAAUAUGAGCAAUAAAUUGGUACACAUGAGAGCAUAUUGAUAAAUAAAAUCUAAAUAAAUUUUACUACAUAUUUUAUAUCCAUAAUUGUAUACACAUACAUAUGUAAAUAAAUACAUAUGGACGUCUGUGAAAACUAUUCAAUGUAAUACUUAGUAUACCAAUGAUUUAAUAUUUGUAGUACAUAUGUACCUAUUAUUGUGAGCUCUAAAGUAUAUUUAAAGGUAACCAAAUACGCUUUUAAACUUAUAUCAGAUUGUUGUUUUAUUAUUCUGCAAAAAUGAACAAUUAUCUACAUUAAAG